CAGAAACGCACAAUUUUCCGAAAUCUCGCUAAACAUCCCAGGGAAAUUUUGUCGAAAUGGUUAGUAACAGUCAAACAGCUGACAGAUGUCAAGUGAUGGCAUACAAGGCAAGACUCAAAGAAUUCGAAGAUCUCGUGGACCAAGAUGUGAUCGAUCUGCGGAGGCUCAAACGCCUCUCAUUCAACGGAAUCCCAGAUGAUUUGGGAAAAAGAGCUCUCUGCUGGAAACUCCUCCUCAACUAUUUGCCAUCGGAAAAGGAAAAAUGGGUUCCAUUUUUGAGAAAAAAACGCGAAUUGUAUAGGAGUUUAAUUGAUGAAUUGGUGGUGAUGCCAGGCUCAAAGGAAUCCAAUGAUGGUGAUUGCACUUCAUUGGAUCACCCAUUAAGCAUUAAUCCGGAUAGCCAAUGGCAAACAUACUUCAAAGAUAAUGAAGUUCUGCUGCAGAUUGACAAGGAUGUGAGGCGCCUAUGUCCUGACAUAUCUUUUUUCCAGCAGCCCACUGAAUAUCCAUGCAGACAAAUUGUCAAUAGUCUAGAUAUUAAAAGACUUCACACUCGGGUGCAAAGAAGUGUGCUCAAGUGUGCCAACGUGGAGAGGAAGGGUCUUGGCAUCACAAAGCAGAUUGCGUUAACUAUGAAAAAAGCCAAUGAGGAUUAUGCGCCGAUGGCUGAGGGACAGGAGGCUCAUUGGGAGGUGGUCGAAAGAAUCUUAUUCCUUUAUGCGAAACUGAAUCCAGGUCAAAGUUACGUGCAGGGAAUGAACGAAAUUAUCGGUCCCAUCUAUUACACAUUUGCCUGUGAUCCCGAUCUUCAAUACAGAGAGUAUGCAGAGGCCGAUUGUUUCUUUUGCUUCACGAAUUUAAUGUCGGAGAUUAGAGACAUCUUUAUUAAAAGUUUAGAUGAGGCGGAAUGCGGCAUCAACAACAUGAUGUCAAAAUUGAUGGUUCAACUGAAGAACAACGAUCUGGAUGUUUGGCUGUUGUUCCAACAGCAAGAAUUGAAACCCCAAUACUACAGUUUCAGAUGGAUCACUCUGUUAUUAUCACAGGAAUUCCCUUUGCCGGAUGUUUUGAGGAUCUGGGAUUCGUUAUUCUCAGAUGAGAAUCGGUUCGAGUUUCUAAUUUAUAUAUGCUGUGCUAUGAUAGUUAUAUUGAGGAAACAGUUGGUGGAUGGGGAUUUUCCCUCCAACCUGAAACUGCUUCAAAACUUCCCGCCGAUGGACGUCCAGAUAAUCCUGUCCAAAGCGGUGGAACUGGCGAAUCGCACCUUCUAGCAGUCAAUUCUCGCCAUUUACAACAAUAAUAACCAUUCAAUUAUCCCAUUAAUCGUAAGAUGAGCUAUUCCAUAAGUAAGCAAAUUUUAUAUACUUUUUUAAUACUCGAACAAUUUCCACAAAAUUUAUAUAUAUAUAUUACGUUGAA